CUCCUCCCUUCUCAUUCACCUGCUGCUCCACUCCAGUCCUAAGGGCAAGCCUCACGCUCUUUGGGUUGCCUGAUGAGGAAGGGGUCCCCACCCCAUCUAGCUGCGUACUUCCUUCCUACGCCUGGGCCCCCAUUGUGCGGUCAGUGGCAGAAGGGCAGCUAUACCUUCUUGGCCAAGCAGUCCAGCAGCUUAUGCAGACCUGCAGGAUGACUUUGCCCUCCCCUUAUCAGCCCUUCUUUCUCCUCUGAGCCCAACAUCCCACAUCUUGGGGCUAGCCCUUUCCUAGCUUCCUGUAACUUUACCUAGCUCCUGUGUCCUCUUCACCCACAGGCCCCUCAGCCUCCUCCUUUCCCACAUUAAAGGCCAAGGUCUCCAAGCUUUCAGUUUUGGCCGUGGUAGGCAGAUAGGCAGGGCUCCAAGGCUGCCUGAUAUACUGAGACCUUGAGAAGGAGGGGGAAGAGGAGACCUAGGUUGACAGAGAUGAUACAGUGGCCUCUCUUUGGAGGAGCUUGGAAUGUCUGUUGAGACAGGUGAAUGAAUAUAUUACUGAUACACACAUAGAGGUACUCAAAGGUUGGCAUAACCCACUGUCCUGGUUUACCUGGGUCACGGGGCUUUUAGUGCUGAAACUAGGAAGGUCUCAUGGAGACAGGGAUGGUUUGGUCACUGUUGAAAAGUGACAUAUGAAUGCCUCCCAAGCAACACAAGGGACAGAGCUAAGUAUAAUGAUGCAAGCAGAGUGAGUUGAGACAGGUGGCGAUGAAUCAGAAACUGUUUUCUGGAGAAAGUGCAUUUGAACUGCACUGAAGGCCACGGGUUUGGCAAGGGGCUCUCUCUCUCUCUCACGUUGGGAGUUAGCCUGAAUGCAAGGCCGCAGACAUGGAAGGACAGCCUGGGCUCUGGGAUGAGGCCUGGAGGGCCCUGUGUUUUGGGAGGGGGAGAGCAGGCCUUCCAGACAAGGUUCUUAGCGUUCCUCUGCAGGCAAGCCAGGCCCCUGGGCUGUAGACACAUGCAUGUGCUUUCCCUGUAGGCUGGGCUGGGCAUGGACCCAGAGGCCAGUUAUGACUUGACCUUUGCCCCCUGGGAGCUCCAAGCUAUGGACACGUUUGGGGCAGAACCAUUUAGCUUGAGUCAGGCACUGAGUACCAUCUCAUAGCAUCUUCAUGUCAACCUGUGAGGCGGUGUCAUGACCCGCAGGUGAGGACACAAAGACAGAGGGAGGCUGUCUGAGGUCUCACCACUGUGCAUGGAAGGUACUGGCAUCUGACUUAGCCAUUUGUCAUCAUCAUCCAGUGGCCACUCACUGGACACCUACGUGUUCCAGGCACAGGCUGCACUAGGAGCAGGAGGUGAGGAGGACAGGUGUGGCCCCUGUGUUUAAGGGCCUCACAUUCCAGUGUGAAGAGGAGAUUAGUGGGUUACAAGGUAGCUUAAGGCUCAUCCUGGGGGUGCAGAGAGGGAUGCCUAAGCCAGAGGGAGAGAACUUGUAGUUUGAAGGGCGGUGGAGAUGUCAGGUCAAGGGGUGGAAUGGCAGGAAUAUCCCAGGCACAGAGAACCAAUGGACAAAGGCUGGAGAAAGAAGAGGGUAGCCCUCCAAGGAAAGGACAAGUUUCAGAAGGAAGGCGUCUGCAGGAGGGGUGGAGAGAGAAAGCUAGGCCGGGGAAGAGGUGCAAUCUAGAGCCAGGGGGCUUGGAAGCCACUGCCCAGGCUGUGGCCUUGGGUGACUUUCUCCGGUUGUCACCCCCUCCUCCCAUCAGAGUCCUCUGGGAAAGGUGCGGCCCACACGUGUAAGCCCAGUUACUUGGGAGGCUGAGGCUGGAGGAUCAAAAGUUCAAGGCCAGCCUGGGUAAUUUAGUGAGACCCUGUCUCCAAAAAACAAACAAAUAACAACAAAAAUAAAUAAAGAAAGCAUUCUGACUUGAUCAAACUCUGUGACUGGGGUUCUGGAAUGGGCAACUUUAAACCAGUCCCCUCGGAGAUUCUAAUGCUCACUGCCGUGGGAAGAUGGGUUCCCUGAAGAGUUUUAGACCAGACCCCAGCUGCCCCCAUCUUUUUUCAGUGCUGGGGAUGGAACCCAGGGCCUUGCACAUACUAGGCAAGUGCUCUACCACUGAGGUACUCUCUAGCCAAGGGGCCCAUUUAAAAAAUUUGGAAUGUUCUGUCUGCAGGGUGGACACAGGCGGGGCUGCUGGCCUGGAGCGCAGUGGGGAAGGGGGAGGGGGAAAGGUGUGCGUUUGAUGGGGCAGGACGAGAUGGGUAAGCAAGGAGCCCCAGGCUUGGGGUUGGGCUCUGAGCGGGAUGGGUGGGAGCACAGGAGCACAAGGGGAGAGGUUUGGGGGACAAGGCCUUGGUUUUAUCAGGAUGGAUUUGAGGUGUCUGGGUGAGGAUGUCCUGUGGUCUCAGGUUUGGAGCUUGGGGAGAGGAGUGGAUAGGAAGGAUGGGGGCAGGAAGGGUGGGAGAAAGAGAGAGACGGACAGACAGACAGUCACAGAGACAGAGACAGACCCAGGGAAUAUAGGAAAAGAGCCCUGAGAAGGAACAGCUGGAGGCUAAGGAAGGAGGUGAGGGACGAGAGGUCAGUAUGUGCACUGAAGGCUGUUACGAUGGAGGCGGCCUUGGAGGGAGCCAUGUGACCCGGAGUGAAAGGCACAUAGCUGGAAAGAAUGAAAGAUAAAGACCGCAGGGUCAGGUUGUGUUAGGAACUGACCGCCUGCUGAGCAGUUUGAACUGGGUCCUGUAGCAAGGAAAGAUUUUAAAGCAAGAAAAGAAGAUGGUUUUCCUAGGACUAGGAAUAGCCCUUUGCCACCUCCCUCCCGGUCUUGCUGGUCCCUGUUGCAAUGGGACGAUCUUGGAGAUAAGACCUAAGCACCACAACCAGGCCCAAGUGGACAUCUACGAGAAGCAGCUCGUGCCCUUUGGCCUGGUGCGCUUUGGGGUGGCGCCUGACCAUCCUGAGGUGAAGAAUGUCAUCAACACAUUUACCCAGACAGCCCACUCUGAGCGCUGUGCCUUCCGGGGUAACGUGGCAGUGGGCAGGGAUGUGACUGUGUCCGAGCUGCGGGAGGCCUACCAUGCCGUGGUGCUGAGCUAUGGGGCGGAGGACCACCAGGCCCUGGGGAUCCCCGGCGAGGAGCUCCCUGGCGUGUGCUCAGCCCGGGCCUUUGUGGGCUGGUACAAUGGGCUUCCUGAGAACCAAGCGCUGGCACCGGACCUGAGCUGUGACACUGCUGUGAUUCUGGGACAGGGGAACGUGGCUCUGGAUGUGGCCCGGAUCCUGCUGACCCCACCUGAGCACCUGGAGAAAACGGACAUCACGGAGGCUGCCUUAGGGUUGCUGAGGCAGAGUCAGGUGAAGACGGUGUGGAUAGUGGGCAGGCGCGGGCCCCUGCAAGUGGCUUUCACCAUUAAGGAGCUUCGGGAGAUGAUCCAGUUACCAGGAACCCGAACCAUUUUAGAUCCUGCAGAUUUCUUGGGCCUCCAGGACAGAAUCAAGGAGGUCCCCCGUCCAAGGAAGCGGCUGUCGGAACUGCUGCUUCGCACAGCCAUAGAGAAGCUGGGGCCGGAGGAGGCUUCCCGCCAGGCCUCUGCCUCCCGUGCCUGGGGUCUCCGCUUUUUCCGAAGCCCCCAGCAGGUGCUGCCCUCUCCAGAUGGGCAGCAGGCAGCAGGCAUCCGCCUGGCAGUUACCAGACUGGAGGGUGUGGGUGAAGCCACCCGGGCAGUGCCCACGGGAGAGACAGAGGACCUUCCUUGUGGGCUGGUGCUGAGCAGUGUUGGGUAUAAGAGCCUUCCCAUUGACCCCAGCGUGCCCUUUGACCCGAAACUUGGGGUCAUCCCCAAUACAGAAGGCCGGGUUGUGGAUGUGCCAGGCCUCUACUGCAGUGGCUGGGUGAAGAGGGGACCCACAGGUGUCAUUGCUACCACCAUGACCGACAGCUUCCUUACCAGCGAGGUGCUGCUGCAGGACCUGAAGGCCGGGCUGCUCCCCUCUGGCCCCAGGCCUGGCUACACAGCCAUCCAGGCCCUGCUCAGCAGCCGAGGGAUCCGGCCAGUCUCUUUCUCAGACUGGGAGAAGCUGGAUGCUGAGGAAGUGUCUCGGGGCCAGGGUGCUGGAAAGCCUCGGGAGAAGCUGGUGGAUUCUCAGGAGAUGCUGCGGCUGCUCGGGUGCUGAGCCUGGAUCCCAGCCCUGUCAGGGAAGGGAAGAAUGCUGAGCAGGGGAGGGGUCUGGGUCAGUCUGAGCUGCACUCAGCCCCAGCUAUGGUGUGCCUGCCCUGGCUCUGGCGGGCUUGGUUGCCACUCUUCUCCAGGAACCUCUCAGCACUGCCUCCUCCUGCAAGAAGGUUGCCCUUGCUACUGUGGUUUAGCCCAAGGAGGUGACCUUAAGUUAGGGAGGGCUGGAGGCACAGGCUGGCCCUACCCCCUUUCACCUCUCUCCUACUGGUCUUUGGAGGGAGGAGUCAGUGGAGUCAGGAAUAUUUUGGAAAUAAAACAGCUGAAACCAAG